CCCCAUUGUGGCUUAGUAAAGGGCGCACCUCGUGGGGUACGAAGUACGCUGUGAUGCAAUCGUUUUGGCGUCGACCAUCCAGGGUCUCUAUUCUGCAGCCUUAGGUUAAACACUGCUUAAGUGCUAGAUCUGGUCCCCCCCCAAGGGAUCUUUAUGCUUCUAGACGUCUUCUGCCGGAGUAUACGCCAUGGUGUACCGUGGAAAGCCCAGUAAAGGGUGCGGUGAGUGUCGGGCGAGGAAAAUCAGAUGUGACCAGCAACGGCCUGUUUGUUCGCAAUGUGUAAAGACGAACCGUGUCUGUUCGGGGUACCGGGAUGAACUGAGUCUCAUGUUCCGAGAUGAGAGCCAGGAUGUCGCUCGAAAGGCCAAGGCAGGCCCAACUGGCCGCAAGUCUGCCAAAGACGCCCGCAAGUCUCGCACUGCAUCCCCAAGCGGGGAUAGUGCGCAGUCAGAUCCGGAGCUUUGCCUAGAAAAAAUGAUCGACUACAGCCACCUUCUAGUUAACGAUAGUUACAACUAUGAAGCUAAUAAUAAUAUCCCCACCAUCCUCCAACUGCAGCGACGAUCACAGCUCGUGUCUCAGCCCUAUCCAGCCCUAGAGAGAGACGAGGCAAUAUGUUUCUUUUUCCGCAGCAACGCAUGGCCGGGCACGAUCUGGAUGUUGGAUAGCACGUUUUCUUCCUCGAAUACGUUGCCCAGUCAGAAGGCCAUGAUGGCGGGCAUCACCUCUGUGGGCAUGGCUCUGUUAUCCCGGGCAAGGAAUUCGAAAGCGAUGAAGGAAGCGGCUACCAAGGAGUACGGCUCGGCCCUGAAACUGAUCAAGGCAGCUCUCGAAGACAAGGUGGACGUCAAGUCAAACUCCACUCUGGCCACAGUGAUUCUGUUCUCCAUCUUUGAGGUCGUGGUCAAUAGAGCGCCACAGGAUAUCGAUAAUUGGACCAAUCACAUAUUGGGGGCAACUGCAUUGCUUGAGAUGCGUGGAAUAGAGCAGCUACAGACUGAUGUUGGACUGCGCAUGUUUUUACAGCUCAGAUACCAUAUUAUCAUCAGUUGCUUGCAGAGAUCUACGUACAUUCCCCCGACGCUUUUGGAGUGCACGAAAUUUGCCAUGUUUCUACGGCCUGGGGUGGAGGCCUAUAGCGACCAUCUCGUCAAUAUCAUCGCACGACUAACAAAUCUUCGCGCCGACCUGACUAACAAGGGGAUCGCGGACGAGUCCGUGAUGCUGAACGCUGCAUGUUUACUUGAUAACGAACUCAUUACGUGGCUUGCUGGUGUUCCUCCCGUAUUCGCCUAUGAGGACGUCGAGUACUCGACGCCCAAUCCCUCUUUAGAGCGACGUUGUCACGGUAUCAAACCGUACGGUGCUCAUUAUCACGUCUACCAAGACCUUUGGAUCACCAACGCCUGGAACCAGUACCGGUGCGCUCGCAUUCUCGCCAGCGAUAUCAUCAUCAGUUGUCUCAAGCGGAUGGCUUCCAAAUCACCAGACUUGACCUCGUCGAGUGAGUACCGAGAACGCUGCCGAAGUAUCCGUGGUGUCAUCCGGCAGCUGGCUGCCGACAUCUGCGCCACCGUGCCCUUUCACCUAGGCUUCGCGGAGACCAGUGAGGCGGACGCCGGUUUCAAGCCGACAUCGGAAACCUAUGUGGGUGGUAUCAUUAUCCUCUGGCCUCUCUUCAUGGCGGGGGUAAUUGAAAUCCCGGGGCACCCCCUCUUCGAAUGGGUGGUGAACUGCUUCCGGGUCAUCGGCCACUCGAUGGGGAUAGAUCAGGCGUUGGCUUUGAUGGACUUAAUCAAAAAUGGUGAGACUCUGCUCGAGGAAAAAUCUAGCUAUUUUUCCGACGAGGCGGUAGAACUCAACGGCGAGAACGAUUCAUCGCAGGUCGAUGGCUUUUCUCACGCUAUCGACUGGGAAGCACUCGAUACCCUCUGUUAGGAGUAUGUUUUAAAUCUAAUUAAUGUAUAUAGAAGGUGUAUACCCAUUUGCGCCUAGGGAGCCUCAAAGCAACUCUUGCUAGCAGUCCAUGGUCUCAUGUUGCACCUGUGUGGUACGAUAAGGCCUCCUGUUUGCCCCAUUACAGUACUCAGCCGUCAACCAAUUUCCCCCUUUGAUAAGUUAUGCCUUAGGCAUAUUUUAAGGCUGCAAUUGGUCCUUCUCCAAACCAUGUGUGGUCUUAUUUACCAAGCCCUGUUUCAACAUGGAAUUUGUAAGGGGUGAGUGACUAUGCGUCUGGACUCAAGUGGGCUGCAGUGGCGGAGUGCGCGGGCCGACUAAGAGCUACCAAGAACGAAGUACCCAUAGUAUGUAUGUAUGCAUAGCCCACCAAGGGGCUCAGUCUACAGAACCAAAUCAAAAGUCAGUAAAGUAGUCAUAGGUUCCAGUUGAAUGACAUACUGUCUGCCUUACUAGCCUG